AUGCCCGUGAGCGCGGCCGUGCUCAGUGCGCGCAUCUCUGCUCCAACUUCAAACCGGACCCGUCGGGUUGCCGAAAAGCAGACGCCUCUCAGGAUGGACGCUACUAUUUAUGACAUCAUACUGGGAGAGCUUGCGGAGCUCAAUUGUAGUUUGAUAGAGCAUUUUCAAGACACUUUUUAUGAAAACGCUUCACUGGCUCUGCUGAGCGCUGAUGGUUUAUAUUGCAAUGCCACUACGGAUGAGAUUGGAACCUGCUGGCCGCGGAGUAGCACUGGCAGGAUUGUGGAGAGACCGUGCCCUGCUUAUAUCAACGGAGUGAAGUACAACACAACGAGAAGCGCGUACAGAGAAUGCAUGGAUAAUGGGACAUGGGCAUUGAAGAUCAAUUACUCCUACUGUGAGCCUAUUUUGGAGGAAAAGAGAAAAUAUCCCAUGCAUUACAAGAUUGCUCUGAUCAUCAACUACCUGGGCCAUUGUAUCUCUGUGGGGGCUCUAAUUGUGGCCUUUGUUCUCUUCUUGUGCUUAAGGAGCAUACGGUGUCUUCGAAACAUCAUCCACUGGAAUUUGAUCACCACCUUUAUACUGAGGAAUGUCAUGUGGUUUUUGCUUCAGCUGAUUGACCACAACAUCCAUGAGAGCAAUGAGCCUUGGUGUCGAUUAAUUACUACGAUAUACAACUACUUUGUUGUGACCAACUUCUUCUGGAUGUUUGUUGAAGGAUGUUAUCUUCACACUGCUAUUGUAAUGACUUAUUCUACUGAUAAGCUGAGAAAGUGGGUCUUUCUUUUCAUUGGUUGGUGCAUUCCAUGUCCUAUAAUCGUGGCUUGGGCUGUCGGAAAAUUGUAUUAUGAAAAUGAAAAAUGCUGGUUUGGUAAAGAACCUGGAAAAUAUAUGGACUACAUUUACCAGGGACCAGUUAUUCUUGUGCUUCUGAUAAACUUUGUUUUCCUCUUCAACAUAGUACGGAUUCUCAUGACCAAACUGAGAGCCUCGACCACUUCAGAAACAAUUCAGUACAGAAAAGCUGUGAAAGCCACACUCGUCUUGUUACCUCUGCUGGGUAUCACCUACAUGCUGUUCUUCGUAAAUCCGGGGGAGGACGACAUCUCGCAAAUAGUUUUUAUCUAUUUUAACUCCUUUUUACAGUCUUUUCAGGGAUUCUUUGUGUCAGUGUUUUACUGCUUUCUAAACGGAGAGGUCCGUUCUGCUGUGAGGAAACGGUGGCACCGCUGGCAGGAUAACCAUGCUCUUCGGGUGCGAGUGGCACGCGCCAUGUCCAUCCCCACAUCGCCGACCAGGAUUAGCUUCCACAGCAUCAAACAGACCACAGCUGUGUGAGCGUGGGAACAAACUUUAUCCCUUCUGACGUGCUCAUCCACAGAACAGCCUUCAUCCCUUUUAGUCCAGUAUUACAAAUUAGACAGAGUACUUCACUGUAAACGAGUCAGUGUAGUGUGUCUAAGUCAACAGGACACUAUUAUUUACCGCUGUUGAGGUUUCAAAAUGCACAUAAAUCAGGUUGUUAGGAGAUGCAUUGUUGUAUGGAAAUGUACAGUGUUCACGGAAUGGGUUUUGAAAUCCUUUCAAGAGUAUUUUGCAACAGAAACAAGUCGCCAAUUCCCAAUACAGGAGGUCUUUCUCAAGUUGUUAUUGCUGUCAACUUGCUGCUUAGUGGUUAUUUAGGGGAAGACAAGAACGCAACAAGACCUGCAGCUAAUAUCCGCCUAGACAGGCCACUCCCUCUGGCUGGGGGAAAGAGGGCAAUCGAUAAUACUUGAAUUUUAAUUGACCACAAUGCAUCUAUUUGUCUGCCAAAACAGUCAUUAAUGGAAAGUAUGAUCAAAAGCAAGGAAAAGACACUUUUUUUAAAAGAGAGGGAAAACAGUUGUUUUGGGAUAGAGAGGGGAUUUUAUACAACAGGAAGACUUUUUGUCUUGUUUUGUGCUGUUUUACAUAUUGUAAAGGUAUUUUUUUUUACUAGGUUUUACUUUCUCCUCUGCACAUGAACAAAUGAGAGAGUGCCGGCAGAAAGAGAAGUCUAAUUCAGGACAUGUUUGAUGACACUGGGACCCGAGUCCCAAGUUAAACCUUUAGUCCAGACAAGCAAAUCUAAGAUUAGAUUUAUUAUUUUGAGAGGUGAAAGUGAUUCUUAGCCAUUUAUGCAAUAUUUGCAUAUAUAGUGCACAAAGUGAUGUGCUCGGAUUUAUCAUGCAUGCACAGUAAAAGCAGAUUAAAUUCUUUUUGGCUUUACAAAAUCCUUGUGGCUUUCUCAUAAUCAGUGUCACAACUAAGCUUCUGCUGCUGAAGAAGGGAAGCCUGAUGGAGUGGGGACCAGUCACUUCCCUAAAGACUCGCUCCGGUCAGGUCAGCAUAUUCUCUCAAUGUAAUGCCAGCAUUCACGUCUCAUAAGGCUUAUCCCACAAAGUAAUGGAAACCGCCAUGUGUCUGCUUUGGUAUCUGCUAGAAAACUUGGUUUCUUCCUGAACUAUUAAGAGGAUGAAAAUCUUUUUUCUUGUUGUCUUUGUUUGUUUUUUUGGAAUGGAUUACAAAAAGAUAGAAGGAUGUAUUUUGUUGAUGACCUGAAAUGCUGCUGAUGUUUAAAUGUGAUUCAUCUGAUCAUCUUCAUAAUUUCUAGUAUUGUAGAUACCAGAUUGUAUUUUAUUUUAGAAAAUAUGUAGAUACUUUUAUUUUAUUCUAGAAAAUAUGUGUACUAAUCUUUGCAUUUCUGUUGACAUGCCAAGUGAACUCUUCCCAGUUAUCUGUUUUUAUGAGUGUGUUAUUUAAUGCCGUACAAUGUGUCUAUAAAUGACCAAAUUUAUGCAGGUGUGUCUCAUUGAGUUAGAAUAUUUGCUGAAGUGAAUUUUAAUUAAGUUAAUUUAUAUAUUAUCUAGAGACUAAUCAAUUCCAAGCAUUGAUUUCUGUCUAUUUUAACUAUGAUGGCUUAUGAAGAGAGCAAAAUAUCCAAAAUUCAGUUUCCCAGAAAACUGGAAUACUGGAAGUCCAAAAACAAAAAAAAAGGUUUUUAAUACAGAGAUGCCUGCUAACGAAAAUGGUUCUGCCAGUACAUGAACUCAAUACUUACUUGAGACUCCUUUUUACACAAAUUAGUGCACCAGUGCAACGUCACGCGGAGGCAAUCAAUGAGGCUUUAAAGAAGCCCAGCUUGCCUUCAUAGCAGUGUUCAUCUCAUCUUAUUCUACACUAAACUCUGCAGGUUCUUUAUGGAAUUUGGGUCAGGCCACCUUGCUGCCCUAUCAAGCAUAUAUCACAUAUAAUGGUCAUUAAACAAGUUGUGAUACUUUUAGUGAUGAACAUAGGUGUCAAGGCUUCCUACUGGGAAAUCAACUCAACAUCUGCAUAAAGCUUUUAAACAGAAGAAAACAUGGAGUGCUCUGAAAUUUCUACAGUACAUAGGAAGCUCUGCUGACUUUAGACGUAGACAAAAAGACAACGGGCCACCAGCUACAAAUGACAGGGCUCAUUAAAUCAUUGACGCCUGAGGGAAACUUUACACUGGACCUCAAACAACUUUUAUUCUGUCUCUCUGCUUGUCCUGAAGACUCUGACACCUUGAUUUCCAAAUUAAAUGCAGAGUUUACUUGCAGCAGGAAUAGCCACCACACCUUUUUCUUUUAAUGAACUCUCCCUUAAUAUACCUGGAUAUAGCACUUUCUGAAGAGCCAGCUUGUUUAGUAAUGACCUUUUGUGGCCACCCUCCUUGUAGAGGACGUCAGGGACCUUCUGCUGGACAAUUAUCAGUUCAACAAUCUUCACCAUGAUUGUGUAUCACAGUUUUUGACAAUAUUUCAUGUUUAUGAAAAAGCAUUUUAGUUAAUUAGUGUUAUCUAAUAAUCAGAUUUUCUGAGAAACUGGGUUUUCAGUACCCGUAAGCCAAGAUCGUCAAAGUAAACUUAAACUUUUGAAAUAAAUCACUUUUUGAAUUUAAUCUACUUUAUUGAGAGGCACCUGUAGGUAAAUUCUGAAGUAUAUAUUGUAAAGGUUGGUUAAGAAGUUGACCAAACUCCUUUUUAAAAACUGUGUUUAAAUUACUUGUAUAAAACACAGAAUAUUUAACCAUCUGUUUAAACAUUGUGAGAUGUACUUUUCAUAGCUGUCUUUUGUAAACUUGUGUUAAAUUACAGCAAAUGUGCUAUCGGUGUUCUGCUCUGCUGCACUGAUGUCAGCUGGUGUAUAAACGAUCCCCCACAGACUGAUUUUGUUGUAAAUAUUACGUCUGCUUCACUGCAGAGUUACAACAUGUUAAGCUGUACCAUAGCACCUCUUUCCAGAAUCUCAACAUGUUAUGUAAACUUAAAAUGACUACAUGAUGCUGAUGUUGUAAAAAUGUGUAUUUUUUAAAAUAAUUCAUUCAAACUCACCAAAGUGACAACCCAUGUUUACUAACCGCUUUUAUUGUCUACACAUUUCUAUCAUCGUCAGUGGACUAAGUCAAUAAAAUCAGUUUUUAAUGUUAUUUUUUUACAUAUAUUUCUGUACAUGAUGUGUAAUUAACAAAGUCUGAUGUCAGAUCUGCAGAUUUUACGGAAGCCACCCAUAUUGCCUUAAUACAACAACAAGAAAUGCAUUUUUGUGAAAAUUAAGCUGUUGUCUGUAUGGGUCUGUAAAAAUAAAAUAUUCUGUGUUUUUUUGUCA